GGUAUCGGUAUUACUUCGUACGCCUUCCUGUCAUGCGUUUUCUGCCAAGAUAAGGUACCUAAUACUCCUUCCUAUCAGUCCUCGGUACGGUACCUAGGUACCUUACACGAUUACACCUACCUUAUCCAUAUUCCGCAUCACGUACUGCCUAGAACAACCCAUUGCCCCUUCUUACCCUGUAACGACUUGAAGCAACACUUCGACAAAUGCCUAACUGAGAUAUUGACCCUAUCAUAUCGUAUCGUUCCCUUAUACAUAGCAUCUGUCGUCUCGCCGAGUCCGAAAUGGCGGUUCACAAAACCGUAGUUCGUUAUCUCCGACCCCGGAGCUUGACAACCUCACGCUCAACAUCGCUAAGAUCCAGGGUUCCCGUCUCGGGGGCUUCUCUUGGCUGUGCGGCGCAUCGAACGGCACAUCGGUCCUUUCACUCCAGCACCGCUAGAGAUAGUUCUGCUUCCGCAGCCGCCGCCGAAGCUGCCACUGAAGCUGAGAAACCAGCAGAACAAGCGCGUCAACCCUCCCUAUUCGAUGCCGUCCGCGAGAGGAGGGCCAAGGCCGGCCGCCUUGUCGCCGGUGUUGCCGCUGUGUCUGACAGUGACAUGUUCAAGGCACCUGCUCCGGGGAAGCCUCUGGCAAAAAGAUGGGACCACCACCUCAGCCAUGAAAGUGCCGUCCGUCAGCCCUGUACGCUGAAGAAAGCCGCCCGCUUCCUCAAGACCCCGGGCCUCAUCUCUCUCGGUGGCGGACUCCCCUCUAGCGAGUACUUCCCCAUUGCCGAGAUCUCCAUGCGUGUCCCUAAACCGCCACACUUUGCCGAGAAGGAUAUUCUAUCCCCUAACAGCGAUGCCGCCCAGACGGUGACCAUGGGGAAGUACGACACCCGUGAUGGCACUAGCGAAUAUGACCUCUCUAUCGCCCUUAACUACGGCCAGUCGACUGGCUCGGCCCAGAUGAUGCGCUUCAUCACCGAACACACCGAGCUCGUCUACAACCCGCCCUACGCCGACUGGAAGGUGUGCCAGACCGUCGGCAGCACCGGCGCCCUUGAACAGGCCCUGCGCAUGCUCUGCGACAAGUCUCGUGGCGAUUCGGUCCUCACUGAAGAGUACAGUUUCUCCACCGCCCUCGAGACCAUCGCACCUCUCGGGGUCAAAGCCUUCGGCGUUCGCAUGGACGAAGAGGGUCUCCUGCCGGAAGACAUGGACGCCAUGCUCUCCAACUGGGACGAGGGCGCUCGAGGUGCCCGUCGUCCCCACCUUCUCUACACCGUUCCCUCGGGCCAGAACCCCACCGGUGCCACGCAGAGCGUCGAGCGCCGCCGCGCCGUCUACGCCGUCUGCCAGAAACACGACGUAUACAUCAUCGAGGACGAGCCCUACUACUUCCUGCAGAUGGACCCCUAUUCGUCUAGUACCGAACCCGGAGCCUCAUCUGCCCCGCCUGUCUCCCCUGAAUCCCUCGAGGCCUUCCUCGCCAAGCUCGUCCCUUCCCUCCUGAGCAUGGACGUCGACGGCCGCGUGCUGCGCAUGGACUCGUUCUCCAAGGUGCUCGUGCCUGGCUCGCGGCUCGGCUGGAUCACGGCGUCAGCACAGAUGGUGGAACGGUAUAUCCGACACGCCGAGGUGGCCAACCAGGGGCCCAGCGGCUUCUCCCAGGCCGUCCUCUGGAAACUACUCGACGAGACGUGGGGCCACGAGGGUUACCUGCGCUGGCUGGCCGACCUCCGGACUCAUUACACGCGCCGCCGAAACAUGCUCCUCGCCGCCUGCGAGGCCCAUCUGCCCCGGGACGUCGUGACUUGGACCCCGCCUGCUGCGGGCAUGUUUCUCUGGCUCAAGGUCGAUCCCUCCAAACAUCCAGACCACCCUCACCGCUCGGUACUCGAGAUUGAAGAGGAGAUCUUCGACCACGCCAUUUCCAAUGGGGUGCUCUGUGCCCGCGGCUCUUGGUUCCGCACCGAGCCGGGCACUCCCGCGCGCGACAUGUUCUUCCGGGCCACGUUCGCCAGUGCGUCCGAGGAGGCGAUGGAGAUUGCCAUCCAGAGGCUUGGAGACGCGAUUCGCAAGUCCUAUCGGAUGGACUGACGGGGCAGGGGGGCGGGGGGGUUAUGUGGGUGACAUGAUGACCGUGGGAUAGAAUGUAAUCAUAAGCUACACUCUGCAAGGGAG